UCUUGGAAGAGCUCGUCAAAACCAAGAACAUCCUCGCUGCGAUACGACGCCUCCCCACUGAAAUAUCUUCCUCCAUAGCAUAGGAGGGAACUUCACCCUGUUCUGGCUUAAACGAGGGCCGUGGGUACUACUACGGGUGGAAACAAAUCGUCCUUUCCACUCCAGAGCUAUGGUCUGGCUUUUUCCUAAUCCUCGCCUCUUCAGCGAUCCCGUCUCGCUGCUCGACACCGCUCUCCGACUCUCAGGCCAGCGCAGCAUCUCCGUUCACACCGAUAUAUACGCGUCGGCAGAUAUCUGGAAAUAUCUUUCUUUGCAUUCUUAUCGCUGGAAGGGACAUCCGUCUCGGGAUGGCAGACUCCUUCGCACCUCUCGGUGCAGUGCCAAACGGCGGCCUUCCUGCCCUCGAGAAGCAUACUCUCAGCAUGACCAUGCUUGCGAGGCUCUUAACGCUUCCCCGCGUCUGACGAACCUCACCUUGAUCAACGACGGCGGGUCUGUGAUGACUGCAGACCUUCCAUGGCACCAGCUCACGCACCUUGCUCUCCUCAGCCGCGGUACCCUCCCUGAAGUAAUCCAUCUUCUCCGUCUUUCUCCAUGCCUUCAAGUACUGGAGGCUCUUGGCACACAAGUUCAGCAGAGCUGGACAGUCCCACUCGAACCCAUAUCCCACCCCUCCCUCUGCAGGCUGCAGGUAUCCGAUAUAACAAUCCUUCAGCAUCUUAUCCUACCCACGCUUAGCGACCUCGAUCUCGUUGGCGCUACCAAUGAGCAGGGACGCGCAGAUAUCAUCUGCAGUCUUCUUUCCUGGUCGAAGAGCACGUUACGAAAGUUCAAGAUUGUUUGUGGCACAUCGUUGCACGGUCUCAUGAAUGUGUUGAGAGCAACGCCCAAGUUGACGGAACUCACCGUUGAAGCACUAGAGAUGGAGGAAGGGUUCGUGAAGGAUUUCUUUCAAGCCAAGGACUUUUUGUCAUCCCUACAGAAGGUGUCGUUCACCGUCGGCAACUUUAUUCCUUCUCUAGAAGCAAACACCGUAUUGGUCGACGCAAUGGAGAGGCGGUGGGGAUCCGCAAUGCGAUCCUGUUAUAUCUCUGCGCCUUCCAUAGAUUGGCAGAUUGCUGAUGACGACGCGGUGAGGAUUAAGAAGAUGCGGGGAGAAGGUCUGGACCUCAUGAUAAUCUAUGCAAAUCAAAGGGUACUAUAAAGCUCGAGGGAUCUUGGCGAUUGUGUUGGAUUGCGACGGAUUUCCUUGCUCCGCGCCAUUAUAGCUCUGCAGCGAUAAACGUGGACAGAGUUUUCAGAUGCCAAAAUUUUAAGGCGUCCUGA